CCUCAGCCGCGGAGCUGCCGCCGACCUGCCUCGGCUCCUGCGGGACGCCCUGCGGGCCGCGCUCCGGCGUUCCCGGCGGAGGGGACGCCGCCUCCCAUGCGCCGGAGGUCGUGUGGGUGUCAGCGCUCUCGCUCCGCGCCGCGCGGAGUUGCGCCUCGUCGUGGGGUGACCGGACGGGACGUGCGCGGCGAGGGACAGCGGCGCGGCGAGGCCCGGCCCGGCCGCCCCUGCCGCGGCAGCGCCCUGAGGAGGGAGCCCGGCGCCAGAAUUUGUGUUUGACCAGCAUUGUGCUGUACCAUAGUGAAGAGGUGUUUUUUACUUCAAGAUACUUUGCAUUGAAGGAUCAUGGUAGACAGUUUAAUAGUUUCUUUGAGACUUCUCAGUUCCCUAGCAGUGCUGGGAUUUCAGUUUGUCAUCCCACAGCCUUCAAUUGAACACAGAAAGGUUCCCCAGAGGAUAGAAGAGCAAAGAGAUGCACCUGAGGACAGCAGUGCUGGAAUCCCAGGCAUGUGGGGAAGUUGGGGCCCCUGGUCUGCCUGCUCUCGGAGCUGCAGCGGUGGUGUGAUGGAGCAGACACGGCCCUGCCUCCCAGCCUAUUACCGUGAAAGGGGCUACCGGCGGCCUGGGCGGCAGUUUCCGGCCUCAGAGAGAACUCUUGCUCAUCAGAAUUCCCACCACCACGAGGACUCACUGACUGCUUAUCCUGGCCAUGUCAUUUCUGCCGUCCGUACAUCUGUGCCCCUUCACAGGAAUGAAGAGCAGCUUUGGGCUGGGCUUCGGGCCUCUGCUGCUUCUGGAGGCCACAACAACAGCCACCUGAGCAGAGGGGCGUUGAGAGGUAGCAGGCAUUCUCAGUCCCAGAGGCAGAAUGCCACGCCAGAGAAGAGAAACAGAAACAGAAGUCCUAUUGGUCCAGGAAAAUAUGGAUAUGGAAAAGUGCCUUACAUUUUACCUUUACAAACUGAUACUGGUCAGCAGCCUCAGAAACUUCGGAGGCAGAGACAGUCAUCAAGAAACCAUGUCUUUCAUCAGAGUCCAAGUCUCAUGAACACUUAUAGCCAGGCAGCUAGUCCUUCACUUCCACAUGGGAAUCUUUAUCAAGAAGAAAGUGGCCCCCAGACUGGACAUCAAGUCCUGGGACCCUCAGUUUAUCAGUCAUCAUCGUUUCCUGCAUCUCAAAGCCUGUUUCACAGCAGUGACUCAAACCAUCAUGGAUCUGCAUCACACCAGAUGGUCCAGGGUCUGCCCCAGCCACAAAGGGCUGCAGCAAUUGUGUGCAUUGGCACCUACAAGCAGUAUAAACUCUGCAACACAAAUUUGUGUCCUGAAAGCAGCAGAAAUAUUCGAGAAGUGCAAUGUGCAUCAUACAAUAACAAGCCAUUUAUGGGUCGCUUUUAUGAGUGGGAACCUUUUGCAGAAGUGAAGGGAAGUCAGAAGUGUGAGCUGAAUUGCCGAGCAAUAGGCUACCGAUUCUACGUGAGACAAGCUGAAAAGGUGAUAGAUGGGACACCCUGUGACCAAAAUGGAACUUCAAUCUGUGUGGCAGGGCAGUGCAAGAGCAUUGGCUGUGACGACUACCUGGGUUCAGACAAGGUGAUUGACAAGUGUGGAAUAUGUGGAGGGGACAACACUGCUUGCAAGGUUGUAUCUGGAGUUUUCAAGCACACGCUAACAAAUCUUGGCUACCACAAGAUAGUGGAAAUUCCUGAAGGAGCUACUAAAAUCAACAUUACUGAGAUGUCAAAGAGCAACAAUUAUUUGGCAUUGCGGAGUCGAUCAGGACGGUCCAUCAUCAAUGGAAACUGGGCAAUUGACCGACCUGGGAGAUACGAAGGUGGUGGAACAAUGUUCACUUAUAAACGCCCAAAUGAAAUCUCCAGCACUGCAGGAGAGUCAUUUUUAGCUGAUGGGCCAACAAAUGAAGUCCUUGAUGUCUAUAUGAUACAUCAACAGCCUAACCCAGGUAUACAUUAUGAGUAUAUCAUUCCAGGAGACAAUGUCAUUAGUCCUCAGUUGCUUGCUCACAGGAGGCCAGGGGAGCCUUUGAAUGGCCAGUUAGGAAUGACAGAAAGUACAAAUCAAGAGGAUGAGGAUUUGCACAGGGAGACAGACACUCUUACUGGACAGUCAGCUGGAACUUUUCCAGUUAUUCAGCCAGGAAGAUUUCCAUCUCAUCAGCCAGAAAACCAGGUGCCUGCUAUGCAACCACCAAGACAAAACCGAGAAUACAACUGGAAACAGAUUGGGAAAACUGAGUGCACUACUACAUGUGGGAAAGGAUCACAGUACCCAGUUUUCCACUGUGUCAACAGAAUCACUCACGAGGAGGUAUCUGACAGUUACUGUGACAGCAGCACCAAACCCAUUCCGGAAGAGGAGCCCUGCAACCUAUUCCCAUGUCCAGCUUUCUGGGAUAUAGGGGAAUGGUCCGAGUGCAGCAAAACAUGUGGCCUUGGUAUGCAGCAUCGACAGAUCUUGUGCCGGCAAAUAUAUGCCAAUCGUACCUUGACAGUUCAGCAAUACCGCUGUCAUCACCUGGAGAAACCAGAGACAACCAGCACCUGCCAGCUGAAGAUCUGCAGUGAAUGGCAGAUUAGGACUGAGUGGACUUCAUGUUCAGUGCCUUGUGGAGUGGGGCAGAGGACCCGGGAUGUGAAAUGUGUGAGCAACCUUGGAGACAUUGUUGACGAUGAGGAAUGUAACAUGAAGCUGCGGCCAAAUGAUAUUGAGAACUGUGACAUGGGUCCCUGUGCUAAGAGCUGGUUCCUUACAGAGUGGAGUGACAGGUGCUCUGCAGAAUGUGGUGACGGAGUCCGUACACGUUCUGUGGUUUGUAUGACAAACCAUGUCAGCAGUUUGCCUCUGGAAGGCUGUGGCAAUAACAGACCCUCUGAAACAACCCCCUGUAGUAAUGGACCCUGUGCUGGUAAAGUGGAGUGGUUUGCUGGUGGCUGGACACAGUGCUCUACUGAAUGUGGCAGUGGAACUCAACAGAGAGAAGUCAUUUGUAUUAGGAAAUCUGAAGGUAAUUUUGAUGUUUUGAACCCCUAUGAAUGUUCAUAUUUGGAAAAACCUCCCAGCCAGCAAUCCUGCUACCUCAAACCCUGUGGAUCUAAGUGGUUUCAUACAGAAUGGAGCACAUGUUCCAAGUCCUGUGAAGGAGGAUUUCGGGUUCGAGAGGUACGAUGUCUAUCAGAUGACAUGACAGCCAGUACUCAGUGUGAUACACAGCUUAAACCUGAAGAAAAAGAGACGUGUAAUACACAGGAUUGUAUCCCUGAAAUAGAUGAGAACUGCAAAGAUAAAUACUACAAUUGCAAUGUGGUGGUUCAGGCCCGGCUCUGUGUCUACAGCUACUACAAAACAGCCUGUUGUGCAUCCUGUACACGUGUGGCAAACAGACAAACAGGGUUUCUAGGACAUAGAUAACAAAUACUCCUCUACUCAAAGCAUCAAUGUCAGUCUUCGGAUGGAGCUGGAACAGUGUUACGUUUUUGACUACAGCAGGUUUUAGCUUCUUAGAGAUGGUUCUUUAUAUUGCUGAGUACAUCAAGACUAUGGUUAAAUCUCACACCUUUUCAGUUACAGUUAUUGUGCAGUUAUCUUUUUUUAAAUGUUUGUUGUAAAACCAUGAUCUCGUUAAAGGAUUAAUUUUUAACCAUACUGUUCUUUGCACCUGCUCAUCAGAUAGUUAUUUAAAGAACAUACCAGCCUUAGUGUUGUGAAAAUUGAAAUCAAUCACAGGCAGUUACUGGAGAUAUUUGACCAGUAUGGAUGCAGCUGCUGCAUUACUUUCUGGGUGCUUACUGUUACUUGGUAUUUUGUACUGCCUUAAAUUAGGCGACUAAAUCAAUGAAACAUGCACAUGAGAAAAAUUACUUCACAAAGAACCAGACCCUUAAGUACCUAUUUAUCAUCAGUUUCUUAGCACUCUAACGUAUAUUUUUAAUUACUUCAGACCAUUCAUAAUAAAUUAGUCACUGUUAAACUCUCUCAGUUGUACUUUUAACUAACUUCCUGUCCUCAGGCAGCAAAUAUAUAUACACUUGACUGCCAAAAGUGCCUUUAUAUUUAAUUCAUAAACUCUUGAAGUUACACUUUUCUAAUUUUGUAUGGGUUUUGAAAUACAUGACCUACCAGAGUGCCACUAGUGUCUAGCCUUUUAAAUCUUCUAACAACUGCAGCUGCCAGUGAGACAUUUACCAGAAAGGUGAAGAGCUUUUGCUGGUGUAAAAGAAAGUGAUUGUUUCCAUUGGCAAGGUCUCUUUCCUCUUGGGCAGCUAUUUCAGUGAACUGCUAUCUUGCCUAAUGUCUUGCCUCUUGCACUGUUGCUUAACAACUCUCGUACCAAAGUACUUUGUUCAGACCUGGUCUGGAUACAUCACCAGUUUCUGAAACAACCACCAAAGGAUGCUAGCCUGUGUGCUAUAUAGUAGUCUGUUACUCUUAAUAUUAGGCAGCAGCAUGAGUGUAGUAGCUGAGUAUCCCUAAAAAGGAGAUUUUAGCUAUUGACAUUCUUCAUGUUUUAAUCAGAUAUUACAACAUACUUGAUUUUUUUUUAGUCAAUGUUUCAUCCCGCAAUUCUAUUCAUGUCACUUCUUUUCUGCUAUUCAAGGAGGGCUCCAGACUUUGAGCUGAAUUUAAGUGGUGAUUUUUCAUUUCUGCAAUUACCAUACUCAGCCUUGGGACUUGCUAAUAGCAAAUAGAAUGCCUUGCAGUGCAGAUGAAAGCUUUUGCAUUAUCUGCACAUUCUCUAGCAUUUUCCUGAGAGAUCUUUCAAAUGUGCAAAUAAGACUGAGGGAAAAAAUAAACACCUCCGCUUAUUCAGCUGUUUAUUACAGCAUAUUGCUUGUAAAUUACUGAUACCCGACUAUGCAUCUAUUUCUAAGGUGCCUGUUGUCUGAGUUGAAAAAGUUUUAAUAAUCUAUGUUGUCACUCCCAGUGAUGUGAUAAUAACAGUGACUAAGGUGUUUUGCUACUGAUGAAGAGCCGUGUUUGAACCUCAUUUUGUGUUCUUUUCUUCUUACUGGUUUGGUGGAAAGGAUGUAGAAGAGACAAUGGGGUACUGGGAUGCAAAGGUUGCUGGGUGUAAGCUGCAGGAAGGUGGAACUUUGUAGUCUAAAAUCUGCCUUGGGCUGAGAAAAACCUUAGAUUCAGUCACUUAUGAAAACUGUAUUUUAGACAUGACAAACUGCUGCUGUUUGGCUGAUAUGAAGAACUCUUCCCCCUAAAAUUUGAAGUUACUCUUUGUGACUACAAACCAAUAAUUUCAUUGGCUCUUUCUGUACAGCUUGAUUUGGGCUUUUUCAUUGUGAUUAACUGAUAUGAAGCUAUUAGAAACAGAAAUGCCAAUUAGAAAACCUUGCAUUUGAGUUCGUGAGUCUUCCUUAGUCCUAUUCCUAUGUAUUAUGAAUAUUUAUUCAUAAAGAUAACUUACAGAUAAGUGAUCAUAUUAUAUUCCUUAGAUUCUUGACUAAAGAAUGAUGCAGAGAAAAUGCAGCAUAAACAAGGCCGGAAUCCAGUGUUAGUAAAUAUAAAUCUUCAUCUGGACAUCUCAUUGCAGCAAAUGUUAACAUACAGGAUAUAAUUUUUGCUGUUUCUCUCAUGUCCCAAGGAAGUGUAUCCUGUUAGCCUGAGGGAGAUACUGGCUCCGUAAAAAGGUUUUCUGAAAACCACAAGGCAAAUGAAAUGCAGAGAGGUAAUCAGGUUUGCAAUCAAUGCAAAGAAAAUAAUCUGCUUGCACACACUUUUGGCUGUGAGGUAGUCAGCGACUCAGCACAGAUACAGGUGAUCCUGGUCUUUUGUAAAAUAUGUUAUUUUACAUUGGUUUCUUUUGAAAAGGUGAUCAUGUUGUAGGUUCCAUUAAGCUACCACUAAAGUAAAAAGAGUUCAUGGGAGCUAGAUAUCAAAUAUAUACAUACACAUAGCAAUAUAACCCUGUAUUGCUCCUAAGGUAUACAACUUUGUGAAUUGAAUGCAGUGAGUUAUGAUUAUACAAAGUGUACCUUUUCUUUCUUUUUUUUUUGUUUUAGUAAAGGGACAGUUUUCAGAUGUACCAAAUAUAACAAACAAGAUUGUUUCACCUAUUUAAAUGGCUUGUAAUAAGUAAACUGCCAGAAUAUUGCUGAACUUGAACUUAAUCGUUUCUCAUCUCAUGUGUCAGCAUAACCAAAACAGUGGUUCCUGCAAAAUGAACUGACAAACUGUUGUUUUCAGCACUUUGACAUACUGAUAUUGUCUACACAAACUAAGUGCUUUGCUAAGAUUUCACCAUCACACAAAGUGUACUUUUGAAAUUGUGACUAUUGCAAGUGUUUGUUUUAAUAGAGCAGUGCACCAAUUUAGGAUGAUGCCUGCAGAGGGCCUGAUUAUACUUUCAGUGUAAAUGAGAUGUGGCCUUAAUGAAUGCAGUAGACUUAGCGUAGGUGUAAAACCAAUAUAAGCAAGAAAUUAUGCAGGCAUCUGUGUUGGAAUGCUUUCAUUUCCUGAUAUUUUAACAUUGGUCAAAAUCUCACAGAAUAGUGGGGAAAAAUGUUUCUUUGCCUUAAAAAUUUUCACCUAACACAAUCCAGUGAGACCAAAGUGUAGGAAGGCUGCUGUAGAUGAUUGACUCAAAGAGUCUAAGCAGUCUAACUGUGUAUAAGGGUAAAAUCAGCAUACUGCUUUCAUAUCUUGGAGACAUGCCGCAGGCCAAAAGCAGCUCGAUCCAGAGCAGGCUUUGUUGUUCAUCAGGUUAUCAUGGGUCCCAUCAGGGUUUGCUAACUCCUACACAAUGUCAGAUCCAAGCAUAUGGAGGCAGAACUCCUGUGUAUAGCGACUGCGUGCCAAGUUAGAGAGCACUUCCUGGGAGCACUGAACUCAUGGAGUUCUCCUUUCCUCUCGCUAGCUGAGAAAACCACAGAAGAUGAUGUAGAAGCAUAAGAGUUGCUCCUGUGGGAAUGACCUUGUGUCUGACUUGGCCAGCAAUGAAACAAAGUUAGUAUUUGCUUUAGUUUCUCUGACUUUUCAGUCCGCAGAACUCUGAAGGGCUUGUUAGCAGCAGUUGAAUGCUGGGGAGUCAGGAGACAUGGGUGUUCUUGCAAGCCUUGCCAGUCUUGAAGUCCAGCUGUAGUGUGUGCCCACUGACUCCAUGCAGGACUGCCAGAGUAUCCCUACACAGGAAACUAAUGGCUUCCUCAUUACACACGUAAUCUAUUUUUUUUUUUCCAAUACUCCAUCAAAUGGAGAACUUUCUGUGUGAAUAAUGCAGUGGUUAAUGUUAAUAUUGUUGGGUAGAUCCCACCUUUCUAACAGUAUGAUUCAGUUCAGAAUUUGGUACUUUUAUGCAGAAGCAACCCAAUGUGUUGGAGAACAACAAUGCGUAAAUGCCAAAGUGUAGUUUAGGUUACUUCUUCAUGAACUUUAUAAAAGUAUAGCCCUGACUCAAGUGAGAACUUGUAGAAUGGAAGAGCACGUGGGGCAGCAGUUUCGUCAGGACCUUGCUACUUACUUUGGUUAUGUUCAAGUAUUAGAAGGCACCUCUGAGGAAGGAAGUAGGUCGGUGCUGGAAACAACUUAUGACUAGUAAAGGGGAGGUUGCACCUUCCUGAAGGAAGGAGUUUGCUUCUGCUUUAUAAUCUAUACCACUGUAAGUAAGAAAACGUACUUUCCAAGGGCUUUGCUUUUUAUCAUCCUGCUGACUUGUCUCUCUUUUACACACACGUGUUCUCUUGUUCUUAUCCACCCCAUUGUCCUUAGGAUGACAGUAUUCAGUUUUGUCAGAAUUACUGAAAAACCUGAACUGGCCAUUUGGAUGCUGAAAAUCUGUGUUAGAAAUAAGCCCAGCUAUUAACAGAGCUAUAUUCCUGCCAGUCCAGUGAUUUUGUGUGUGUGUCCAUAUUUUAAAUGCAUAGUAUUAAAGUACCUACUGAAUUCAUUCCUGUGAACUUGCAAUUGCACAGCUAUUAAAUAUGCAGUAGCCCUUCAUUCUCACUUCUAACCUCUGUUGUAUAAAAAAAAAAAAGGCAAUAAUGCUUUUUACACUCAAAAAGGAAAAAAACUCCAUGUCUACCUGGUUUUCCUGUGACUUACACUCUGAAUUUUUAACAGGUGUUCUGUGUAUUAAGCAGACAAUUCAUGUACAUGUCUGUAACUUGAACAAAAACAUGUAAUUUUGAACACUGAAAGUAAACUUCCUUUAUUCCUAAGCUUACAGAAUACAUUUCUGCACAAUACAUUAGCUGUUGUUUAGAAAGUUGAAUCAAAUAAUUAUUUCUAUAUCAGAAAUGAAAAAUCAUCCACUAAGCAUUUUCAAUAUAUUUUAAAGAAAACUUAUCGUCAUUGUAAUGAUGAUAUGGUGAAACGAUCAUGUAAUGAUGACUUGGUGAAAAUUCCACUUACAGGAACUUAUGCCAGAUCUGAACUCAGUUCUUCUCAGCUUUUAGCAACCAAAAGUUCUUAAGAAUGUGAGUUCCCAGUCUUCUAUAUCCCCAUUUACUACAAUGAGUUAUAGAUAACUACCACUAUAGCUGGAGAGCUUAAUUUUGAGAAGACCUUCCAGAGACAGUCUGUCAUUGCUGCUUGACCUGAACUGUUUUAUCCAUGCUGUCCCAGUGGCCUUGGCAGGAGUUGAGUACAUACGAGCUUGUGAAGUCCCAUCAUAGUCACUCAGGAUUUACUGAGUGUCACUCAGGAUCAGGAAGGACUGGAGACAAAAGAAACCUUAACUUUUUUAAUAUGUAUAAAAUUGUCUACGUGACCCUCAUAAUUGAUUUUGGCAGAAGGAUAUACUUUAUUAUAACUUAUUUUGUUGUUAUUUGUAAAUACAAGAUGUCUAUGGGAAAUAUGUAAUUCUGAGCUGUCUAUAAAACAAGCCACUGCACCAAAAUAUUUCAAAUAUUUAGAAUAGGCAGAUUUUUUAUUAAAAGGGACCUAAUAUGUAUUUAUUUACAUAGAUCAUUCAAAUUUUGUCCAGUUCUUUCAUUAUACUAACCCAUCUUUUUAGGGAAUUUUAUAGCACAGGUAUUACAUAUAUAUUUUUGUAUAUGUCAUACUGUAAAUCCAUAAUACAAUUUUCUAAACUUUCUGAUUAGCCAGUUCUUUGAGUGAAGAAUUAAAGGGGGAGAUUAUAGGCAAAUUGCUUUCUGACUCGUUCAGGAAUAUGUAUCCGUGGCAAUGCACCUGAACCAGAACUGUACAGCAGCCUUUUCUUAUUGUAUACAUUUUCUCUUUGAUGAAAAAAUGUUAACUAUUUUUGUUUAUGACUAAUUUAUUGUUUAUUAUUGUGAAAAAUAAAGUAAUUCAAGAUGAA